UUAUGUUUUUAACUUUAGACUCCAACCAAUGUGUAUGUUCUUUUAUCCUAUUUGGCUUUAAAUUAGUGAAUUUUUUUAAGGGUUUUCAUUUGCAAAAAGUGUAACAUUGUUAUUGUUCCUUUUUUUCACUUGCGUUUGCUAAAGUUGUACUUAAUUUGUAGUAGGUUUUAUAUUUCCCCAAGUAGUGGACCUUGUCAAAAAUGCAACUUAGUUUGCCUAGUCCGUACAUUGUUAUAUUUAUUUGCUUUGUUCUAUUCUUCUACUGAUUUUUUUUCUUUUUCUUUUUGGUUUUUGGGAGAAGUCAUUUCCAACAACUGGCUAAGUACCUGAAUUGUAUUACCUUCCACUAAUCUCUCUUCUAUUAUUUAUACAUUAUACUACAAGAUAAACUUUCAUUAUUAUUUUCUUAUUAGAAAUGGAUAGACAAUUUUUUGUACAAGUUCAUUUCAAGCAUCCUCAAAUUUUCAUUGAUCCUGUUGUGAUGUUGUCUGCUAGGUCAUAGAAAACUCCAAAUCCUAUAAAGCUUUUGAAAUUAAUAGAUUAUUUUAAGGUCUAUCCUUUGAUUUUUGUAAUGGAUAUUUACUCAAAGAGAGAAAUUUUUGUAUCCUUGGCACUCCACACAUUCACAAGUUUAGCAUUGUUUGGAAUCUGCUUGGGACAAGGUUCUCCUGCUAACUUUGUUUUUGGAGAUUCUCUGGUUGAUGCUGGAAACAACAACUACAUUGUUUCACUAUCCAGGGCUAAUUAUCCUCCGAAUGGAAUUGAUUUUGGUUCACCAACUGGCAGAUACACAAAUGGAAGAACGAUAAUUGACAUUAUAGGUCAAGAAUUGGGUUUCAAAGACUUCACUCCACCUUACUUAGCACCCACAACUUCUGGACCAGUAGUUCUUGAUGGUGUAAAUUAUGCUUCUGGUGGAGGUGGAAUUCUUAAUGAAACCGGAAAAAUAUUUGGAGGAAGAAUAAAUUUCGAUGCACAGAUUGAUAAUUUUGAAAACACAAGGCAAGACAUCAUCUCUCAAAUUGGUCUCCCAGCUACUAUGCAACUGUUUGAAAAGUCUCUCUUCUCAGUUACAAUUGGCUCAAAUGACUUCAUCAAUAACUACUUGACACCAAUUCUAUCCACUGCUGAGCAGAAGUUGGUGUCUCCAGAAAUGUUUGUGGGAGCUAUGAUUUCAAGAUUGAGACCACAACUUAAUAGACUUUACAACUUGGGAGCUAGGAAGAUUGUGGUGGCUAAUGUGGGACCUAUUGGGUGUAUACCAUAUCAGAGAGAUAUAAAUCCUAAAUCAGGGGACAACUGUGCAGCAUUCCCUAAUCAGCUAGCUCAGUUAUUCAACAACCAACUGAGUAGCCUUAUUCCAGAGCUCAAUGCUAAUCUUGAAGGGUCAAUGUUUGUGUAUGCAGAUGUUUACCAUGUUGUGGAAGAUAUCCUUGAGAACUACAUAAAAUAUGAUUUUGAAAAUCCUUACUCUUCUUGCUGCUACAUUGCUGGGAGAUUUGGAGGCCUGGUUCCAUGUGGUCCUCCAUCUAACGUGUGUUUGGACAGGUCCAAAUAUGUGUUCUGGGAUCCAUAUCAUCCCUCUGAUGCUUCUAACGUCAUCAUAGCAAAGUAUCUUCUUGAUGGUGACACUACUUCCGUUUCACCAAUGAAUGUUAGACAACUUUUAUCAUCUUGAUCCAACCACAAAAGGGUCAAUAGAAGUUCAUUAUUUUUUAUACAUAAUAUAUAUAUAUAUACAUAUCUAUAUAUAAAAACUACUUUGAAUCUAUUUCAUGGCAUUAUUAAUGUGAUAUUGAAACUUGUAGCCACACAAGAAAAAAGAUCACGUAAAUGUAAUCAUUUGAUGGGAAUGAGCAGUACAUUAUUUUUAUGAAU